GUAUCCAGUCAGGAGAGUUCAUGCCAACAACCAUCUCUGGAGCUAGAUGGUGGCUGCUUGGGUAUUGAGGGACCUCAGAUUCUUUGUAAGAACAGUAGAGCACCAAAGGGUGGAAGCCCAGCCCACAUUGCAUUGUCUCAGCCUUGCAGAAAUAAUCAUGAUUACAGGACUGAAAUCCAUUACAACCAUCAGGAGUGUCUUAAGGAGUAUGCGAUGGAAAAUGUCGUGCACAGGAAGUGUAACAACAUGAUUUCCCCAGCCAUGCAGGGGAGCCCUCACCGUGUGAAACAAACUCGGGAGAUGGACCAGAAAGGAAAUGAAAUUCAGAGCAUGUGUCCACAGCAAGUGAGUCAUGGUUGUGCCUCCAGUCAUGUAGGGAGCAUGGAAGAGAGCUGCUGUGUCGCCCAGGUACUUAGAAAACACUCUGGACCAGUUCACAAAACCUGUGAUCAUUCUAGGCACUGUCGAGGUUCUGGACUGAAUCACAGCACAGACUCAGGGCCUAAAGAAACAGAGCAGGCUAAAAGGUUGUAUGCAGAAAGAAGGCAGAAGCUGCUUCUGCAGAAAACAGUACUGGAAAUUGAAAAGGAACGACUCCAACAUUUAUUGACUAAGCAAGAAGCAAAAUUGCUCCUAAAACGUCAGCAACAACACCAACCCUGUAUGGAUCAUAACAGGAUUAGAGGCCCUGUACCUGGUUCAGGAGAUGUGCCCAUUGCUGAAGCACCCGGACAACUUGCUCUAAUGAUGAACGGCAACAGCAUGGGGCUAAGUGUCCCGGCGUUGAAACAUGAAGAUUAUUUUCUGAGGACACUUCCAGUAGGCAAAAACUCCAGAACACCAGGGAGCAGUCGUGGGAGCAGUUCAGGGAAGAAGAUGGUUGGUUUUGGUGCAAAUGUGGAAGAUGAGCAAAUCCUUCCAAUGCAAACCAAAAGAGAAGGCACCAAGUCCAGGAAAGGGAAAACUUCAGGACCUGGGAAGGAUGCAACCAUGUCCUCUGGGUUGAUAGGCAGCAGCAAAACACUUGCAACCAGAGGCAUAUCACCAAUCCAGCAUGACACUUCACGGUAA